ACACUAAAUGUUUCUGAAAUAUAUACUUUUAAAAUACAACACAUAAUUUUUUGGUUCUCUGUAUAUAUAUAUACCCAUGCAUUUGUCUACACAUAUACAAUACAACAAGCAUCUGGAGAUUCAAAAGACAAAUUACUCAGAGCCAAAACACAUUCUAAUUUUGUUGUCGUAAAAAAAAAGUAGAUCAUCAAAGUAUGUCUAGGGUUAGGUCUGAGCCGAUGAAGGUUGUCUUCAUUAACACACGGUAUGUCCAAACAGAUGCUCGGAGCUUCAAGUCGAUUGUUCAAGAACUCACCGGUAAAAACGCCGUCGUCGCUGAGGGUCCUUUCGAAUUCUCCGCUCAAGGGUACGGUGGAAAAGAUUCAUCACAUCAGUAUUUUGGCGGCGGAAGAGAAGCCGAGGGAGGUGUAGAGACGACGGAGUUCGAUAGAUUUUUUAGGGAGAUGCCUCCGGUCGGCGAAUUGUUUAAUCUAUGGUCAGAAACUUGACUAGUGAAAAUUUUAAAAUACGUUGUUUUUUUAACUAUCUGGUUUAGUUUUUCUCGUGGUUGUUAAAACCAUUGGGUCUCAUCUUUGUAUCUUAAAGCCCUUAAACACGAGCGAACCUAUAUUUUGAUUUCGUUUGCUUAAUAUGAUUUCUCUUUAUAGGGUGUUUUGCUUAAAGAUGUUGGUUCUGCUUAUUGUGUGUACUCUGGCCUUUUAAAUGGUGUUUGAUAAGUUGUAAUUAAGUCUCCGGAGAAUCACUAUGGUUCUGUCGGCUUUUGUUUCUAGGGAACAUUGUUUGUUCCGCUGGCUUUUAGUCUUUGGGAGUUUGUCUUAACUCGCCAACUUGGUGUAAACAAAUCAGUGUGUAACUUGCUUUAUGAUCAAUGUAAUCUAGAAAUGUAAAAAAAA